AUGAUUAAAGCUCCAUUUGAUACAGAAACCUUAACACGUCUUACUGCCGAACUUCUGUGUGGACUGCAGCACCUUCAUUCUCUUAAGAUCAUCCACAGAGAUCUAAAACCAGCAAACAUUCUUUUGGACAAUGCCGGCCAUGCAAAAAUUGCUGAUUUUGGCUUGUCGGUAAUGGGCGUCACAAAGGAACAUAGGAUCACGGCUUAUGGGGGGACAGCAACUUACAUGGCUCCUGAGGUUUUCAUUCGUAGCCCAUACUAUGCCCCAGCUGACUAUUACUCCUUGGGGAUGAUAGUAUAUGAAAUGGCCGUAGGGAAUCAUCCUUUUUAUAUUAAAGGGAUGAAACGAAAGGAUCUGGCAGAAAUGAUGUACACAAUGAGACCUUAUUUCCCCAAGGAUAUGGACCUCGACACGUAUGAACUCAUACACAGACUUCUAUGGCGAGACCAGGAAGAACGUGGGUACCUAGUAAGCAAUCUCAGAAAGCACCCUUUCUUCAAGGAGAUUGACUGGGCUGAAUUAGAAAGAUCGGCACAACAGCCCCGCGAAUUGGCACCUAUUCUUGAGGAGCCACUGGAGGAAGCCAUUGAAGUAGAUGAAUUUCUGUCAAAAGACAAGGAGAUGCCAAAUGACCAAGAAAAUCAGAAUUUUUUCAAGGAUUUUUUCUACAUGGUUUACAGAAUGAAGGCAUCAACGGCCUUAACCCAAGUGGCAUAUUUACUGCACAAAUAUCAGAGGGCCAUCAUUCAAUGGAUAGUAAAACAAAAAGUUAAGAUAGGUAAAUAG